AAAGAAGAAAAAGGAACAGCUACCUCCUGUUGUCUCUGCGAGUGGGCGACGAGCAGGAGAUCGGAGCGAGAGACCCACCCGAGUCCAGCGCCGAAACACCUGCGCCCUGCCCGGCAUACGAGCGGAUGCCGUGCUGCUUGCUCCCCCGUUCGUCUCCGCAAGAACCAUGGGCGCCCCGACCACGUCGCGCGCACCGGCCCAUCCAUCCCCUUUAUAAAACCGCUCCUCCCACUGCUCCGCUCUGUCCUCUCUGAUCCGCUCCCCCCCACGUCUCGGAGAAAUUCGCCGCGUAACCCAGAGAUCCGCAUCCACUGAGCCGAAAUGGCGCUGUCCACGGCGAAGACGAACGCCGGCGAGUCCCUGCACUGCUCCACCUUCGCGUCGCGCUACGUGCGCACCGCGCUCCCGAGGUUCAAGAUCCCGGAGCAAUCGAUCCCCAAGGAGGCGGCGUACCAGAUCAUCAACGACGAGCUGAUGCUGGACGGGAACCCGCGGCUGAACCUGGCGUCCUUCGUCACCACGUGGAUGGAGCCCGAGUGCGACAAGCUCAUCCAGGCCUCCAUCAACAAGAACUACGUCGACAUGGACGAGUACCCCGUCACCACCGAGCUCCAGAACCGGUGCGUCAACAUGAUCGCGCACCUCUUCAACGCCCCGAUCGGCGACGACGAGACGGCCGUCGGCGUGGGCACCGUCGGCUCCUCGGAGGCAAUCAUGCUGGCCGGGCUGGCGUUCAAGCGGAAGUGGCAGAACAAGAUGAAGGCGGCGGGGAAGCCCUACGACAAGCCCAACAUCGUCACCGGCGCCAACGUCCAGGUGUGCUGGGAGAAGUUCGCGCGCUACUUCGAGGUGGAGCUCAAGGAGGUGAAGCUCAGGGAAGGCUACUACGUCAUGGACCCCGAGAAGGCCGCCGAGAUGGUCGACGAGAACACCAUCUGCGUCGCCGCCAUCCUCGGCUCCACGCUCAACGGCGAGUUCGAGGACGUCAAGAUGCUCAACGACCUGCUCGCCGCCAAGAACGCCGAGACGGGGUGGGACACUCCGAUCCACGUGGACGCGGCGAGCGGCGGCUUCAUCGCGCCGUUCAUCUACCCGGAGCUGGAGUGGGACUUCCGGCUGCCGCUGGUGAAGAGCAUCAACGUCAGCGGCCACAAGUACGGCCUCGUCUACGCCGGCGUCGGCUGGGUCAUCUGGAGGAGCAAGGAGGACCUCCCCGACGAGCUCAUCUUCCACAUCAACUACCUCGGCGCGGACCAGCCCACCUUCACGCUCAACUUCUCCAAAGGGUCUAGCCAGAUCAUCGCGCAGUAUUACCAGCUCAUCCGUCUCGGAUUUGAGGGGUACAAGGACGUGAUGCAGAACUGCCGCGACAACGCGACGGUGCUCCGGGAGGGCAUCGAGAAGAUGGGCUACUUCGACGUGGUGUCCAAGGACUCGGGCGUGCCGCUGGUGGCCUUCUCCCUCAAGGACACCUCCAAGUACACGGUGUUCGAGGUGGCCGAGAGCCUCCGCCGCUUCGGCUGGAUCGUCCCGGCCUACACCAUGCCCGCCGACGCCGAGCACGUCGCCGUGAUGCGCGUCGUCAUCCGCGAGGACUUCAGCCGCAGCCUCGCCGAGCGGCUUAUCGCCGACCUGGGCAAGACCAUGGCGGACAUGGACGCGCACGCCGGGAAGAAGGCGGGCCACGACCACCCGGCCAAGAAGUCGGUGCACGAGAUCGAGAAGGAGGUCACCACCUUCUGGAAGAGGCUCGUCGCCAAGAAGAGGAGCAGCAUGGUGUGCUGAUGCACGACGUGCGGACGCCGCCGCGGCUGCGCCGGAAUAACAUUCGAGCUGCUCUCACUCCAAUCUCGAGCUUUGUUCGUCUUCUCCAUUUUUUGUUUCUUCUUUUUUCCCCGUAUGUGCAUUUGAUUUGAGGUCUGAUUUUGUUCGGUUCGAUCUGUGCGCGCUUCGUCGCGCCAGUUGACGAGAAAGAUUGUAACCUGAAGGGAUAUAUAGGCAUAUGGACACAUGUCAAGUUGAGAAGCUUUGUUGGCUUUCCAU